AUGGAUGUCAUUAUCUGGGCGAUUUCGAGUGUCUUUCGCUGGAUGCGCUUGAAGGUAUACCAGUAUGAGGUGACCUUUGCCCUCUACAUGCUUACGCCAAUUGAGAAGUUCAUCUUCAAUACAUUCCUCUUGACUCUGGUCACGAUGAUUACUGCUGGAAUCUAUAUUUACCUCCCUGACCACCUACGCGCCAUCUACGGCCGCCUCUACUACUACUGGGCCGGCGAGCGCCUGUUCAGCUCAGGCCGUCUGUCAAUCAGCUCGGUCUUCGGGGAGAGCGCCACAGCCAUUGGAGGCAUGGUAUACGAGACCGCAAAGAACGCGGCGGCUACCACCACCCAGCGGAUGGAGCGCAUGGCUGAACUGUGA